AUGGACUUUGACUUGACAGAGUUGUUUGUUUCCAACGAUGAUGCAGCCUCACAACCGCCUGCAUUGGCCUUGUCUGAGUCGCAAGCACCAGCAGCAGGUUAUCUGACUGUUCAAGAGUUGUUUGGAACAACAGGAACAACAGGACUUGCAGGACUUUCAGGACUUUCAGGAACAACAGGAACAACCAACACUCUCCGUGUAUGCACAUUGAGUAACAACACUAGUUGUGGGUUGAGUUCGACUUUAUCUGAAACUAGUGCUGAAUGCAAUGCAUUGAAUGCAACCGACACUUCUCGUUGGAAUCAUUGCUCUCUUGUCGAUCAUUCCGACUCUUCCAUUGAAACUACUGUUGCUGCUUCUACUACAUCAAUGCCUGACUUGAUUCAGUUUGGUGAUUUCACUCCGUUGAUUCCAAGUGUCCAUGACUCGACCAUGACUGGAAUCCACGAUGACUAUAACUCUUUAAUGAAUAAUAAAAUGCCUUCUCAGUCGGAUUUUGGUCUGUUCCAACACCCGAGGCGGAACUCAACCUUGGCUUCCAUUCCCUCCAUCAGCAUCGCACAACCCACUUCAACUGCUAUCCAUUCCAAUCUCAGGUCGGAUCGUCCUUCUACUAUUGUGAUUUCUACCACUCCUGUCACUAAAACUAUCCCUGAAUCGGGUGCAUUGAUGUCUGCUUGGAUUUCUCCGUCCGCUGGUCUGUCCAAUUGCUCUUUCAAUUCAUUUGCUGUUCCUCAUCCGCUUUCGGAUUCUCGUUCCACUCUUCAUCAACAUUUACUUCGUCAGCAAUCCAUGACCCCUCAGAAUGAUCUUUAUUCCAACUCGUCAUUGUCUGCAUCUCAUUUAAAACAUAAUUCUCAACAAUUACUGAUGAUGCAUCCUCAACAAUCGUUUCAAUUUCAACCACUGUUUGGCUUAUCCAGUGGCUCUACUUGUGUGUCCUCUCCUAUCGUGUCCUCAAGCUCUACUCUUACUGGCACUCCAUUAUCUGUAUCCGAUUUGGCUGUAUCGCCCAUUGGUUCUGUAUCGCCACGUAUAGUCGAACCUCAUGCUUUAAUGCACGCUCCUACUCAUACUACACUGGCUUCUGUCAGUGCUCCUGUAUCCACUACUGUAUCUCCUAGUACUAUGAUGAUGGAUUCUAAAUAUCCUUUACUAGGUGCUGAAAGUGACUAUUCAGAGGAAGAUCACACGAGUGAUGUGUUUCGUCAGAGAAGAUUAGGUUCCGAUCUUUUCAUUGGCCAUUCAGAUGUGCCAACUACUUUUACUGCCUUGCAAUCUCAUUCCAAUCAUGAUGUCAGUACAACUGUUUCUAUUCCUGUCAGUGCACAAUAUAGGCGUCAUUCAUCUGCUAGUCUAACUGUCAUGCCUAUUGCUACUGUAAAAAUCAAUCCAAUUGAUAACGAGGUACAGUCUACUGCCGUGAUCUCUACCAUGACCUCUACAACCGACGCUACAACUACCGAUGUGGACAGCGACUCUGAAAGCGAUCUUGAACAGGUUUCUGAUCCAUUGCAUGACGCUUUAAUCACUGCAAAAACUGAAGAUUCAAAACACGACCAUCAUGAUCCAUAUCAUUCAACAUAUACAUUGAAUGCAUCCAUGGAUAAUGCAUCUACUCUAACUAAAUCUACUAAUAAAAUGGCUCCACGAUUUGCUUCUGGUGGAGGUAGAGGUCGAAGAAAUAAACGUGCAUCAGUCGCAUCAAGCACACCGUUGGCACUUUUGACUCCUUUACGUAACGGACUCAAACCCAGUUCAGGAAGACGGCGAUCUACUGGAGCAGCUACUGCUUUUAUGGCUGCUGUCACCUCUGAACUCUUGGAUGAAGAUCCAAACUCUCAUCCCGCUUGGGAUCAAUUAUCAAAAGAAGAUUUGAAGCUUUUUAUAGAUCCUUCAUUGUCUAUGCAAGACCGUAAACUGAUUCGACAAAGUAUUACGAUUAGGAAUCGAAGACGUAAUUCCAUUGCUGCUUUGGAUUCACAUGAUCGUAUGUUACCAUUACUACCGGAAAUCAAUCCUAAAAGUACAAAUGGGUUUUCUCCAUUGUCGACUGCGUUGACUUGUGACAAUGGAUCAUCUUUUGAUGUUGAUUCCUUGAACAGUAAUGGAACUGGCGUGUCAAGACGUAGAGCGUCUGUAUCGACGCUUCCACUAUCCAAUUCUAAACCGUUUGCAACCCAUACAACGACCACUUACUCUCCCAAAUCACCUGCCUUUUUGCAUACUCCAUCCACGCCAUCUGGAACUCCAGCCUAUAUUGGAUCAACACUUGAUGAAUUCACCACUCUCUCUGGCUCUUCAUCACCGAAAUCUACCACUGCUUUAAACACACAACCACGUCGAGUGAGCUUUAGAGAAAAUGUUCGACAAAGACGAGAAUCACUUCAAGCACUGCUUCGACAUAUCUCUACUCAAGAGGGUAUCACAUACACUGUUGGCACUCCAUUUCCCCUUCGAUCGCUUCGGUCUGCCACAACAACCCUACCCAUGACUAAAGUCGAGGGUAACAUAGAGUCUAAAGGCACUGGUGACAAUCUCGACAAUAUGGAUGUGAGUGUGGAUGAGUCAGUGCAGGAUUCCACUAUACUGUCUAGCUCCGACCCGAUGGACAUGUGCAUGAAUGAAACAGACAUUUACUCACAUCAAAAGCAAACAGGAUCACCUUCGCAUGAUAUCUCGCAUCCACCCACAAUUGUCAAUACUGUAGCUGCUGUUGAAAGUAUACCGGAUGAUCUGUCAAGAUUAGUUGGCACUGCGUUUAUAUUAAAAGUUCAUUCUGUGGACACGCCUUUACUCCAUCAUCACCAACCUAGUCUUGCUGGCUCAAAGCCUGCGUUGUGUGAUGAACAUCCCAAUUCAUGCAGGAUAUUCACACCUUUUGAUCAGUAUCCAUCACAGGGAAUUAUGUUUGAAGAUGGCAAUGUAACCAAUGCAAUUCAUCAUCAUGCCAAGAAUGCACAACGGCUGUAUUUGCAAGCCAUAGGACGCUUUUCUGCCAUGGAUGAUUGCAUUCCGCCUGUCUGUUCUGUUACUACAGAAGAACAAAUCAUGGCCCGAGAUUUGUUGCAGGUGAUGCUGAAUCUAUAA